AUGUCAGAUUCCGAAGUUUUAGUUUUAAGAGGUACCUUAGAAGGUCACAACGGGUGGGUUACAUCAUUAGCUACCACACCAGCUCAUCCAGAUUUAUUAUUAUCAGGUUCAAGAGAUAAAACUUUAAUUAAAUGGAAAUUAACUGGUGGUGAAGAUAAUCAAUAUGGUGUUCCAAAAAAAUCAUUUAAAGGUCAUUCACACAUUGUUCAAGAUGUUACUAUUUCAGCUGAUGGUGCUUAUGCUUUAUCAGCUUCAUGGGAUAGAACUUUAAGAUUAUGGGAUUUAGAAUCAGGUGAAACUACUCAAAGAUUCGUUGGUCAUAAAGGUGAUGUUUUAUCAGUUUCAAUUGCUAAAAAUUUAAGACAAAUUGUUUCUGCUUCAAGAGAUAAAACUGUUAAAGUUUGGAAUACUAUUGGUGAAUGUAUGGCUACUUUAACUGGUCAUCAAGAUUGGGUUUCAGCUGUUAGAAUCUCACCAUCAGAUUCAGCUUCAACCGUUAUCUCAGCUUCAUGGGAUAAAACUGUUAAAGUAUGUAUUAAAUUAAAUUAUUAACCUUUCAGUGAUGAUCAAAUUUAUUUGCUACUUCAGACGUCUUCGGGCGAAUGAGACAUAUUUUAAUCACCAAGAUCUCUGAUAGAAAGAGGAUUGAAGAAAAAUUUUUAAUACUAACAAUUGUCUUAGUCAUGGGAUUUAGCUGAUUAUUCAGUCAAUGCUGAUUUCAUUGGUCACACUGGUUAUAUUUCAUGCAUUACUUUAUCACCAGAUGGAUCAUUAUGUGCUUCAGCAGGUAAAGAUGGUGUUAUCAUUUUAUGGGACUUAAACUCAAACAAAACUUUAUACACUUUAGAUGCUAAAGCUGAAGUUCAUGCUUUAGCUUUCUCACCAAAUAGAUAUUGGUUAGCUGCUGCUACUACUACUGGUAUUAAGAUCUUUAAAUUACAAGAAAGAUCAUUAUUAGAUGAAUUAAAACCAGAAUUUGCUAUUGGUGUUAAUGCUAAAGAUCCAGAAGCUAUUUCAUUAGCUUGGUCAGCUGAUGGUCAAAACUUAUUUGCUGGUUAUACUGAUAAUGUUAUUAGAGUCUGGCAAGUUAUGACUCCAUCUGCUUAA